AUGGGAUCUGACAACUCCACAAGUCCAAAACGAGAAACUAUACCUUAUGAAAAGACAGGAGAGGUUGCAUUAGUUACCGACAAAGAAUUUUGCGAUGCAACGGUGAUGAAAAUGAAGGGACCUAUCAAGAGCCUACCAUUCGUCACUGUUUUAUCUGGAGGGUGUGAUCGUGAACUUGACAGUAUUAAUGAUACAAUGGAAAAAUUAGAGCAAAAAGUCGAAUCUAUAAGUCAACAAUCAAGUCAAGAACUUUCAAGACUAGAAUCGACCCUUCGAGGUAUGGAAUCUGAAAAGAAGGGUAAAAAGCAAUUUUAUCAACUUGCUCGUGAUAAGAUGAAAAAUAAAGGGACGAAAGAAUCUACGUUUGUUCGGCUCCAGAAAAAACUAACGUGGUGGAAUCGGAAAAAAGAAAGUAGUUCUACAAGUGAAGACUUAAAUUAUUUUCCACUUGACCGGACAAUGACUAGGGAUUUGUUGAUUAAUCAAACUAUCUACAGUUCAGAGGGUUCCAGUGCCGAUGCCAAAAUAUUAGGCUGCAAACAUACAGUCGAUCCUGAAACUCUUGAUGUUUUCUCUAGGACCAUUACAGAUCAAAAUAACUUUCCAGAAAGUCCAACUUUAAUUUCUAACUUUUUGUCGAAAUCAUGUCCAGAUUUGCCCCUUGAUCAUGAUACCUACCGCCGUUCUCAAUUUUCAGGAGAAAGUAUAUUGAGUGAUGAUGGCCUUCCAUUUUUCCCAAGAGAUCGUGACUUAUGUGAUGAUCAUAAUAUCAAUUGUCAACUGCUAUUGGAAGCUGAUACAGAGAAUAAUUCCAAAUUGUCUUGUGGAAAUGAAAGAAAUGAGUUUACAGAACUUAGAUCUGGAAGUGAUACGUUUGAUGAUACACCUCAAUCUACAUUUGACAAAUGGAAACAAAAAAUUAAAAGGAACAUCGACAAAUUUAAUGAAGCUUUAGAAACUUGGUACAAUAGGAGAAAUAAUGAUUCAACAACGAUGACAACUAUUAGGUCUAUUAGUCCUUAG